UACAAUUCAGUACGAAUCCGGUAUUGUGAACUGCUUCAUGCUUUACUUCUGAUAUGAACAACGAUCAGCGGUGCGCGAUGGAAAUGCCUGAGGAAUACGCCAAAACAAAUUUGUUAUCACGUCGUGAUGGCCAAGACAUUAUCGAGGAAUUUAGUUCCGAACUAUCGAAGGUACAAGGUAAAUGUCUCGAUAUAGGAUCCGGUCCUGGUAACAUUACCAAGGACUUUUUAUUUCCUGUAUUGCCGCACGACAUCGAGUUAGUCGGCGCGGACAUAUCACAAGUGAUGGUAAAUUAUGCCCGUAAGAAUAAUAGUAAUGAACGACUAUCAUACAUCAUCCUAGAUAUUGAAGGAAAAAUGCCAAGUGAGCAAAUCGGACAAUACGACUGUGUUACAUCCUUUUAUUGUCUGCAUUGGAUUUACGAUUUAAGUCGUGCUUUCGAAAAUAUAUUCAAAUUGUUACGUCCGAAUGGAAAAGCGCUUGUGACGUUCUUUGGCUUUCAUGGCAUGUUCGAGGCAUUCAUACGUCUUAGCCAGAAUCCAAGAUAUGAAUUUUAUCUUCAGGACGUGCAUCGUUAUGUGCCUUAUUUCCAAAGAGAAAAGUCCAAAAAUAUGAGAGCUAGUUUGCGAAAAAUGUUGGAAGACAUCGGCUUUGAAAUCUUACAUUGCAGCAAAAGAGAAAAAAGUUUUCAAUACAACAGUCAGCAAAAUUUAAAAAUUCAAAUAUUACCCGUUAAUCCUUUUUAACUCGAAUGCCAGAUGACAUGAAAGAUGAAUUCACAGACGAUCUGAUAAGAGAAAUAUUUAACCAUGACAUUUUGAUACCAUUUGAAAACAGAAACAACGAAUUCAUAAUGAACUACCACGUCCUAGUAACAUAUGUAAAAAAACCGCAAUUGGCCAUUUAAUCUCUUUGUCUACAAUAUGGUAUGAGACUCGUAAGGAAAUCGAGCCAAGCCAGUACUCGGAAUUAGUUGUCUUUUUCGACUCGAUUUCGAAGGCGACGCCUACAGUUCUCCCACUACCGCAAGACUUGACGGCCGAGCCGCCGUAGCCUUAUGCCUCAGGAACGUCUUAUAUUAAAAAUGCACCGUUUUGCUAAACUAUUAUU